AUUUCUAAAUCAUUUUGUAAAAAAAAUCUUCAAUUUCUUAAACCAAAAUGUCUUGUUGUCCAAGUGAAUGUCAAAUUCAAAUUACUUGUCCAGAAGAGGCAGUGUGUUUCCCAUGCUCCCCCGAAUCCAUUUGCUGUCCACAACCAAUCAUUUGCAAACCAGCAAUUUGCGGCACUGUCGGACCUGUCGGAGAAUGUUGGCUUGAUACUCCUUGUGUAAUGAUGCCAGGAUGCUAUACUGCUGAACUUGUCAAACCUUACUAAGAAAUAACAUAACAUUGAUUGGCUGAAUGACAAAAUACCAAUUUAUUUGAUGAAAUUUUUUUCAAAUAAAUAUCUACCACAAUAAAAUCGAAAGUUAGAAAAUUCUCGACAGAUUUUGUAAUCAUUUAAA